AUGGCCUCGAGGGAUCGAAAAACGACGCCUUUUCCUUGCUUUCUUCUUAUUCUUCCCUUCUUCGUUUUCGCUGAUAGGCACUCGCAUGACGAGAUGUUAUUUUAAAGUGCUUUUCUAUUUUUCGAGAUAUUUUUCCCAAUUUUCUAAGAGAGAAGCGGUUUUCUGUAGAAUUUGAAUAUACACUUAUCACCAUAGGUAAAGCCGGAAGGAGCCUUUUGAGGGUGCAAAAGGUUUCCUUUUUGCUUCCGUCCUCUCAUCGGCCUUUAUCCACCUUUUUUGAACCCUUUUGAGAUAUGAAUUGAGAAUAAUCUUCACCAGUGACCGUGUAUGAACCAAAAUGGGCCACAGUAAUAAAAUCGGAUCUCAGGGCCUUCCGGUACCUAAACUUUCUACUAAAAUCAAUGGCCGAGAUUUUCAGCAUCCUUUUUUCACCCUUUUUGCAACCUCUCCCUUUUUUAACCCUUUUUUGAGGCUUUUUAGCCCACCAAGAAUGAAAGGCUCAAUAAAGGCCGCAAAACGGAACCCUUUCAGGGGCCAUUUUGGAGCCCACCAAGAAAAAAGCUCAAUAAAGGCCGCAAAACGGAACCCUUUUAGCGGCCAUUUUGCAGCCUUCCGUACUUCAAUUUUUUAAAAAUUUUUUUCGAGAUACUUUUUGUCUACACAAAAAAUCUUGUAUAUUUAAAAAAUUACUAGAAUGGUUUAUUAUGACAUCGAAAGGUCAAACACUCAAAGAAAAUGACGGAACAAGCUCAGCGGAUGGGCUCGCUGCCAACAAGUUGAGCUAAUUUAACAGACCCCGCGUCCUUUCUUCUUUCCUUUUUUUUUUCGAAGCUGCCCUCCGUUUUGUUCCUUCACGUAUCCAUUCAUUUUUGCGUGCCUUCAAAUCUGCUUACGCCCUUGGAUUUUCUCCUGACAACCGACAACAAAUUGUUUUCGUUAUUUCUGAGAACCCCUCGCUAUAAUUAUUGGCUCUGGAAGUUUCAAUUAGAAGUGAAGAAAAAAAGAAUGAUGUGAGAUGAGGUAAACCAGAAGGUUACGUGAAAACGUCGUCAUUUUCACUGACCCCAGCUCAACUAACUCGACUAACUGCUUGGUGAGCUUCAACAGAAACGUCAUCACCUUUGCAAAGAACGGUCUUUAGCCACGAAACAAGGCGAAAAAGCACAGUUUUCCACCCUUGGGAUCGUUUAUUUGUGCAAAGAAUUGUCAUGUACGAACCGAAAGCCUCGACCGAACCCAUUCGAUUUCUGCUAUUUUUCUACGUUUUUUUCGUUCCCGCUAAAAGCAGAAUUCUAGUUCAUUAAUUUUUCACACGUAAUUCAGAUCUAGAAAACUUACACGAAAACCUGAGAAGGUAGAUCAUUUUCUUUGCGGUUGGGAUUCUCCUGAAGAUUGGUCAGAACUUGAACUCAAAAAAAAAUCGAAAAAAAAAAUUGGUCAGAACUCAGAACAAUGCUUCUUGAUGUACCAGGAGACGAUUCUGAAAGUUUCAACCUGCACAAUUUCCUCGUUUUUGAGAAAGUACGCCUCAAUGAAAACUCAAAAUCGGGCUAUUUUUAGGCUUUAGGUCUUUAUUUUUCGAUAACUAGGAAAUUGUGCAGGUUGAGACUUUUAGGAUCUUCUUCUGGUACAUCAAAAAAGGUUCUGGCAAAUUUUCAAGUAAUUCCCAACCGCAAAGUAAAAAUGACCUUCUUUGUGGCAGCUCAAAGCUCCCCUUGGAUUUCCUCGCCUUUAUAUAGUCUGUGUGCCACGACUUGAAAUUUCAUGGAACGACACUCCGCUGCGUGGCCGUGAAAGCGUCUUCGCCUUUGCGAAUCUCGGUCGCGCUUCCAAAUUUUUUUUUGUUUUCCAUUUAUAUUUCGAUUUGUUUUUUUCGUGCCAAACAAAAAAUAAUAAUAAAAACAUAAUUAUUAUGAUGAGGAUCUAGAAUAAAAGAAAAAAUGAGAAAGCGACCGAGUUUCGCAAAAGCGAGUUGCUUCGCGACAGCGCGCAUAAGAACCGCAAGAACAACGGAGUGUCGUUCCAUGAAAUUUUGGCACAUCGACUUAGGAGAAUUUUCGUUGAAAUUCGAAUAAAUUAGUUUGUUUUCUCCGCAAUAGGCACCUGAUCCAGACAAAAUUGAGAAAUGCAACCCAACCCGACUCCUUCUCCCAUUCCCCGCCACAGAAAAAAAGAGCAUUCCUGUAAUUAAUUUCCCAGAAGCAAUCCUAUUUUGACGACUGAAAAUCGUGUCUUGAAAUUGCGUCACAAAACGACGCUUCGACUUCAGAUGACGUCAUCCAACAAUGGUGUAAAACUGGUGAUCUUCGACAAGGACGGCACCCUGCUCGAUUUCAACAAAAUGUGGCUUCCCUGGGCCGCCAACACCGUCCGACUGUAAGUUGAGAUCACAAUCUUUAAACUAUAGAUUUUCAACUUAGAAAAAUAUUUUUUUAGACUGGAAGCAGCUACGAAACUUCCCGUCGGUCCAGCCGUGUACAAGACCCUCGGCGUCGACCCGGUCAAAGCCAAGGUAUUUCCUCUUCUUGGCUCUCAACUCGAGAAACUUGCUAGACAAUUAUGUACCUCCAGAGAAAUUGUGUCCCCUUGGGAUUUUUAAAGUGACCCCUACAGGGGUUAGGGGGGAAAACAGCCCCUCUAGGGGUAAAAUGAAGAUGGUCGGGGGCUUAGGGUCUACCCAUUAGCCUUUAGAGCUCAAGUGGUCCCUAUAGGGGUCUUUCAACUUUGUUUAAGAAAACGCUCAUUUAUUCUGCUUCUUCGCAUAGAGUACAUAAAGAUUAUCGAUUAGCAUGUCCCCUAAAGACAAGUUCUAGUGGCCCCUAUAGGGGAGGGUCAUGUAGUCCCUAGAGAGAACCCUCCAAGAGCCCUUAAUGUUACCCCUAUAGGGAUCACUCUGAGGUUCCUGAGUAGGUAACAAAUCCAUCUUUUCGUCCGCAAAAAAUUGGAAAAAAAAUGAAUUAGAGUUUCCUCAGAAACCUCGCUCUACAUAGUAUAUUUUUGAUAGAAAACGCAAUUUUUCUAAAAUUUCACUGAAUGAAAAAAAACGCACUUCCCAGAUUUUCGAGAAUUUGAAAAAUAGAUAUGAUGCGCGUUUCCUAUGCUGACGUGAAAGGCGGGGGCGAGUCUCACGUUUCAAAAAGAACUGGCGUCGAGCCAGGAGAAGACUUUUUUUUUCGGCGAUGCAUUGGAUACCCAUCGGGGUAAUCGCAUUUUUGAGUUGUACUACGUGUCCAAUCCCAUUUCAAAGUCUCAUUGAGCUUUCUUUCUGAAUUUCGAGACUAUUUUGAGGCAAAGAAGGCUGCAAUUUCCAUGGGAAGAAGGUAUAAUCCAAAAAUACGAAUUCCGGACUAAUUUAACGUUUUUCAAGCAUGUAAUCAGUAUCACUUACUAGGUAACUGUUCUAAAAUUGGAUAAACUUAUGAAUAUAACAUAAUUAUAAUGCCGGGAUCAAAGUGAUUCCGCGAAAUCCAAAAUAGCCGUCAGAGAAAGAAAAAGAUAACUAGAUUUUGGAGAGUCAGAGAUACUUUUGCAUUUUGUGGAAAUCAUGAUUUUUUUUCUCUCUAAAGCGUGGAAGUUAAUGAUUUCACGUGGAAAGAAGUGAAUGAUAAAAUUUUUCUUUCGAGACGGAAUAUAUCAAAAUUCUACCACUCUAGGCAGUACUUUCUAAUGAAGGAUGAUAAAAAUUAUGAAUAGUCCAUUUCGGAAACUUCUACAGGUCUCAAUGGGCUGCCUGGCUGAGAAGACGUUGACUGGGGUCCGUGAAGACGUCGCUCUCACCUUGCAGGUACAGUUUGAAGAGAACCACGGCGUCAAAAGAAGUCUUCAGACCUUUGGGGUGAAUCCGAUAGAAGCGGCGGCGAUAGUCGAAGGCUGUGUUCCGGAGGCGAGCACGGGAGCGACGGCGCCGGUCUGCGACCUCAUCUUCCUCUUCCAGACGCUCAAGGCCAUGGGCAUCAAGUUGGCCGUCUGCACUGCUGACAGCCGGUUUGUCCAUCUUUUGCGACUCGAGAUUGAUGAUUUCAUAGGACCGCCACCAUGGAACAGAUGAGAAUGCUCGGUGUGGCACGUCUUCUGGAUGACAUCGUGUGCGGCAACGACGUCGGCGUCAUCCCGAAACCUUCUCCACACUGCGCCAUGCACAUUUGCAAACGUCUCGGCGUCGACCUCAAGGCAAGUCCACAGAUCCGUUUCAGUUAGAAAUUCCUCCCUUCCCUUGUGGGCUGACGUUUGGCCCGUCGACGUCAUCGCUCCGUGCGCUCCUUUGGGAAAAUGAUGUGAGAAAGAGCCACAAAGAGUGUCUAUUUCAGGAAGCGAUAAUGGUGGGCGACACGAUCGCCGACCUGAAGAUGGGCCGCGUCGCCGGUCUUCGCGCUUCGGUCGCAGUCAUGACUGGCGUCGGAACGCGAGAAACUCUCAAGGAGUACACGGAUUACUUUGUGAGAACUUUUGUGAUUUUUUUUUGUGGAUUGAGUUUGAGAAAGAAUAUCUGGCUGAAAAAAUGAGCUAGGUUAUUUUAGUUUUCUUAAAACUUCACAUAUCUUAGAUCGAAGCUUUGUAGAUAGUCUACUGCACUUAAUUUUAUUUUGAACACAAUUUUCUCAGUUGGAAGACGUGAGCGAGCUGCCAAACUUGAUCAGCAACGUCAUGAACGAAGACACAAAACGUGGAUGA